GGUUGAAGAAGGUAAUGGCAGAUAUUAUAAGUGAGUCACAAUCGGCUUUUGUUGGGGGUCGUCAGUUGGUGGACAGUGUGUUAGUUUUGAAUGAGGUAGUUGAUGAGGUGAAGAGAAAGAAACAGGAGAGCUUUAUUUUUAAGGCUGAUUUUGAAAAAGCCUAUGAUUGUGUGGAUUGGGACUUUCUUGAUUGGAUGAUGGACAGAAUGGGGUUUGGGGUUAAAUGGAGAAAGUGGAUUCGGGAAUGUCUCUCAACAGCCAGGAUUUCGAUUUUAAUAAAUGGAAGUCCGACGUCGGAAUUUUCAGUUAGCAAAGGUCUUCGACAAGGUGAUCCUUUGUCUCCUUUUCUGUUUUUAUUAGUAGGUGAAGGACUGUGUGGGCUGGUGAAAAAAGCAGAGAGUGAAGGGUUGUUGAAAGGUCUGGGAAUUGGGAGGGGUGAUAUGGAGUUGUCAUUAUUACAGUUUGCAGAUGAUACUGUUUUUAUGGGAAAGGCAUGUGCAGGGAAUUUAAAGGUUGUGAAAGCCAUUUUGCACUGGUUUGAACUGAUUUCAGGAUUAAAGAUUAAUUUUAGCAAAAGCCAUUUGUAUGGGUUUAACACUUCAGAAGGGUGGUUAAAAGGAGCAGCUGAAAUUUUGCAUUGUGGGGUAGGAAGGGUGCCUUUUAUCUACCUUGGUUUGCCGGUUGGAGGGAAUCCGGGAAGGAAACAGUUUUGGAAUUCUGUGCUGGAGCGGUUUCGUCAGAAGCUCGCCACUUGGAAAAGCCCACUACUGUCCUUUGGAGGCCGGAUUACAUUAAUUAACUCGGCAGAAAAGAAGAUUCCUUGGGUUAGGUGGGAUUGUGUGUGUGUCGAGAAGGGAAGAGGGGGACUAGGAGUAGCUGAUUUAGAGAGGAGAAAUUUUGCUUUGUUGGGUAAAUGGUGGUUUAGACUAGGUGAUGGGGUGGAGGGUUUAUGGAAGAGAGUGAUUUGGGAGAAAUAUUAUGGGGGGAGGAGAGAGGUGGAUAUCACUUCUUUUGAAUCUUUGACGAUGUCUCGUGUGUGGAAGGAUAUUGUGAGUGUGGGUAGGGGGUCUGAAAGGCUAGUAGAGAUGUUAGUAAAGGGCUUUAAUUGGAAAGUUGGUGAGGGAAGAUGUGUAGAUUUUUGGAGGGAUAAAUGGGUGGGGGAUAAGUGCCUGAAAGAUUUAUUUCCGAGGUUGUUUGCGUUAACAACUAUUAGGGAGGGAAGGUUGACGGAUAUGGGUUUUUGGAGGGGUGAUACUUGGGUAUGGGAUUGUAGAUGGCGACGGGGAUGUGUAGGGAGGGCUGUUGGUGAGGAGGGACAGUUUAGGGAAAUGAUUAAUGGGGUAAGGUUGAGGAUGAAGGAAGCAGAUUCUUGGCAAUGGCUUCAUGGUAGAGAUGGUAUUUAUUCUGUAAAGGCAGCUUAUGAUUUUUUAUCACCGAAAGGGUGUGUUCUGGAUGAGAAGUGGUCUCGGAUUAUUUGGAGUAAAUAUGUUCCUUCUAAGUUGAGUGUUUUUGGGUGGAGACUAUUUUUGAAUAGGUUGGCCACUAAAGAGAAUUUGUGUAAGAGAGGAAUUCUGUUGACAGGUGGGGAUGUUAGUUGUGGAUUUUGUCAUGAGGGGGUGGAUGGGCUACAUCAUAUUUUUUGUGAAUGUGAAGGGGUGUGGUUAGUAUGGAAGAAGGUUUUGGGAUGGUGGGGUUUACAAAGUGUUUUGCCAAAUGAUAUAUUUGGUUUGGCGGAGUCGGUGGUGUAUGGAAUAAGUGGAGGAUGCUUGAAGGAGCUGGGAGACCUUAUUUUUUUGGUAACUGCUUGGUUAGUGUGGUACUGGAGGAAUAUGAAAGUGUUUGGCCCAGUUUUACAAGCUGAAGUGAGGUUAUUGGAAUCUAUUCAAGCAAAAUCUUUUCUAUGGAUUAAAAAUAAAGAGCCAGGAUGUGUGUUUUCUUAUACCGAUUGGAUAUCAAGACCUAUUGAUUGUAAAGAAGCCAUAGUUCAACAUCGUCAUAAUCUGAAGAAAUACAAGAAGAUGCAGUGCGUUGUGAUCUAAGCUACUUGGGGUUUUUUGAUAAUUGUGGCACCGUUUCUAUAUGUAUUUAGCUUCUGGACAACUGUUUUCUUUGGCACUUUUGAUUUUUUCUUCUCUGUUGCAGUAGUGGUUUAAUGUUUGUAUUUGGAGUUGAACAUGAGGAUGCAGCUGGAAGACAGAAAGCAACGUUAUGAGAGUUUUUUUGUAACAUGAUCAAUUAAUCUAGAAACUGCAG